CAUCCAUUUUACUGGUUUAAACUAUACCUACUUCUUUAUUUAUGUUUAUUUAUAUUUCCAAGACUCCAGAGCAUCUGCCAAUAGAUUUUCCAUGACAACCGGAGCUAUUCUUGACGGCAGAGCAGAGAUGAAGGUCGGCCAGUUUCUCAAGCAGCCAGCGACCGAAGGAGAGCCCGAAGACGGAGACAAUGAUGGUUUAACACCUUUGUCGAAAAACAAAUCCACAUUUGGGCACAAGGUGAAGGAUUAUCUGUUGGUGAUUUUACGGUAAAAUGCAGAGAAACUGGGCGGUGAUUGGACCCGGACUGGUGAAUCGAAAAGAAGAGUUAAAUUCGAGAACAAGUAUUUUUAAAUCAAUCAAAAUGAGAUUCGUAAAGAAAUUUCGCAAGGCGUCCUCUGAAGCCGAGAGUUCUUCACCAACUCCGACAACAUCCACUGCAUCAAUAGAAGCAAGCGGAUCUUCGGAUGUAUCGACAACAGGCGAUUCAGAGUCAACUCAGCUUUUGGACACAAUGCCUAACCAUCCUCCACCAAGUUACGAGCAUGUCCUCGCCGAGUCGGCUAUGCAAGAAAGGGAAAUGUUAGAAAAGGAAGCCAUGGAAGAACAGAAAGAGGAGAACAAACAAGUGAUUGUGGUGCAUAAGUCAACCAAAAAGCUAUAUCGGGCUCUUGCAGCCCAGUGGGGCAUCACAUGCAGAAUGAGCGAUCACUGCCCAUGUUUAGACUGUCAGGGGCACUACUUUGAUUGUGAGUAUGACCGGGAUAAUGAGCAAGAGAAGACUGAUGGCGGUCUCGGAGCUGGUACGCCCAUGUUUAUAUCCGAGGUCAUGCACGGAUCAGCCUGUUCCAUCUUAUAAGGAGAUAUGGCAUUGAAGGAUAAAUAUAAAUUACUCCUUGAUAUUGUUGUGGUUUUCGCCGUUCUAGAGAGCUUAGAGCAUUUUUACUCUAGAACCGUAUAGACAGGGCGGUCAGGUUGACAGAAUAAAAGAGAAUUGAAAUGGCUGCCCAAUGCUAUUACAUACUGCUAGUAUAAUAUUAAAGAAACUUUUUUGAAAAGGAGCUUAGAUCGUUGGAAAGGAAAAAGUACAAUUUCUACAUUUUUUUAUACUUCAAGUUUUCCCUUUAAAAGACUGUCGAAAAAUAAUUUUUUGGUUUUAGAUAGGUGUAAUCGUACAAGACUGCUAAACUACUAAUUUUAUUACUCGAUUUAAAAACUAAGUUUUAUUUUGCAAAUUUAAUAUUUUAAUUUGAUAAAAUGUUCAAAACUGUUCCAUUUUACAAUUAGACAAUUAAUGAACUACUAAUUAAAGUAAUGAAUAAUUUUAUUUGUAGUACAAACUGAUGAAGGCAUAUUGAUACCGUUGAAUAAAAGGAUUUAAAGGAUUUAAAACAAAAUAGAUUAUAUAUGUUUAUUAGGUAGAUUUAGAGCAUCAGCCUGCAAAACUUGUUUUGGCCUUAGUGCAUAAAAUUAAUAUAACUAUUAGAAAAUAAAAGAAUGAUAUAUAAAUAGAAUAAAAAUGGAUGCACUAAAAUUUUUCAUCGAUACCUCUGACAUUUUAAUACUUAUAUUUUAUUCAGCACAAAGUUAAUCGUCAAUUAAAACAACAAAUAUACAUUCGGAAUAGUAAAUAAACUGCCUUCAUUGUGAUUCUAAAUGAUAAUUUAGCCGAUUUGACAAAUUUUUUAGGUGGCCAAUAUCCAAUUGACAAUUUUAUCUGUACCAUCAAGACUUAAUAUAUGCGAUUAAAUUAAAUUUGUUUUUAAUUGUUAAUCUGCCAAUAAUAGGCACAUUUGAAAAUUUUAUAUGAUGAAGAAGAAGCAGAGCUGCUUCAAAAUAUACAACUUUAAAAAAAGUUAACUGGUUGAAAUUGUUCUUAACAAAAACCAGAAUACAGUUAAAAUUCGGUACAAUUAUAAAUUUGAUAAUUAGAUUGAAGCGUAACUUUUUAUCUAAAAAAAUGGAAUGAAAUAAUAUCAAUUCUUGCUCUUCUGAAAUAAUAUUUUAAAUUGAACUGUAAGUCAGACAUCUUUUUUUUUUUUUUUUUUUUU